GUCUUGCGGGCCCCCGAGGUGUUGGUGAGGAAACAUGUAGUCCCUGAAUAGCGACUUUCGAUGCUGCUUCAACUUGAAGAUUUGGAGCUGGAUGGUACAGAGAACUUAUCAUAGCGUUCGUUAUCUAUGCUUCAGGGUUCGGAUGGGGAUGAAUAAGAGAUACUUACAGAAAGCAACACGAGGAAAGCUUCUGAUAAUUAUUUUUAUAGUGACCUUGUGGGGGAAAGCUGUCUCCAGUGCCAACCAUCACAAAGCACACCAUGUUAGAACUGGAACGUGCGAGGUGGUGGCGCUGCACCGAUGCUGUAAUAAGAACAAGAUAGAAGAACGGUCCCAAACGGUCAAGUGCUCCUGCUUCCCUGGGCAGGUGGCAGGCACCACGCGAGCUGCCCCAUCUUGUGUGGAUGCAUCCAUAGUGGAACAAAAAUGGUGGUGUCAUAUGCAACCAUGUCUGGAGGGAGAGGAAUGUAAAGUCCUUCCAGAUCGCAAAGGAUGGAGCUGUUCCUCUGGAAACAAAGUAAAAACAACUAGGGUAACCCAUUAACCACUCCACCACUCCUAAAUCAAGAAAUCCUCAUGGCUGGGUUCAUGGAGAAUAGAAACUGGACUCCUGUGGUCACCUUGAUGAUUUUUAUACUGCUGAGAAGAGACAUUUAAACCCCAUUUCCAGGGGAUUCUACGGCUUGACUUCUACUUCUUGCUGAAACUUAAGACUUUAAAGAAGUCUGAGGUGAACUUUGGGUCCUGAAGACUUCGUCGGCUGUGAACUAUGCUUGGCUCACAACACUUCUGAGGGAAGUGGACACUCUUCUCCACGGAGCUGGGAUACAGCUGGUUUUCUGGGGUGACACCAGAGACUGUCACCUGUAAGGUUCCUGCCUUCAGCGGUGACUGUUCUUGUCUCCCAAGCUUGCUGUUCUGUCAUGGAUGUGCUCCUGGCUCCUUUGUUCCUUGUCUGGCAGGCUGUGCACAGCUUUAAUGACAUUCCCUUUGCAAACUCUUCCGGCAUGGCAUAGACAGAGACCAUUUUAUUGGUAUUCUAACCUUGAGACUCUGAGAGCCUACAUGUUUUAGCGUCUUGCUCUUGCCUCUGUGAAAGGAAUAGAAGUAUUUAUCCAUUGAUUAAUGAUAAUCAUUGGCAAAUCACAGUGAUCUGAAUACAUCCCUCAUAUAAGAAUGUGUAAGCGACCUGACGUGUUUCCCCCAGGCUAACGCGAGAUUGCAGCUCUCUGACAGUUGAACGGCAGUUAGGGCUGGAUUCCAAUUCCCAUUACACAGUACUCUGUGCCUCGAGUGCACUCUUCCUCCCAGAGUUUUUCUAUUUUAAGUGUGCUUCCUUUUUUUCAUAUCUCCUUUUACUUUCCUUCACAGAAUCAUCAGUGUACAGUCAAGUUAGCAGAGAGCUUUUGAUUAAAAAAGAAAAAAAAAACCUCACCAGGGAUGCAUGUACUUCUCUAAUUUCUCAUCACAUUUCUUCUAGCAUUUUCUUAAACUAUUUUUCUGUUUCAUUCUAAGAUCGUCUCUUGCUCGAUCCCAAUGACUGCUUGAAUGCUCAUAUAUUUGUUCAGUCUGUGGAUAGAAAAAGAAAAAAAAAACUGUUGAUUUUGACCACAGAGGUCUAAAUACUUGCUUACGGUUGUUCCAUCCAAACAAUUCUUGGCCAGUAUUUUGUCUAUAUUUUCACAGCCAUCCUAAAACUUGUGAUUUUUAGUUCUUCGUGAUUUUUUUCUUACAAAUAUUUAAAGGCCUUAAACAUUGAUUUACCUUUUUCUAAGUUAUCACAGAAUGUAUAAUUUUGUACUGCGUGUCUUUUGUUUCCCUUGUGAUGUGGGGGAAGGGAAGAGUGGGUACUGAGUUGCUACCCUAUAAUAAUAAUACUGUGUUAACCUAUAGUUUGAAGGCAUAUAAAGGCAAGGGUUUUCCAUGUCUUAAUUAUUUUAGCUUGAUCAAAAGAUGCUUCACAGAUCAUCCUAUUAGGCGGUCCAUCAUUUUAGUGAAAGAGUGAAGAUGAUUGGGACUUCUUGUAUUUCUAGAACUCACUGACAAAGCCAGUUAACCUUAGGCUGAUUUCUAAUAUGGAGGUUCACAUAUUCUAGAGAAGAACUUGUAUCUGUUAGUCUGUAACAAUAUUCAAAGGGUCACACAUUAACUAGAACCUUUAGUAGGAAGAACAGAUGAAAGUGUAAAAAUCUGUUAAAAAUUAAAUUGGACAACUACUCAUGAAAAUGUGGAAUGAGGUGAUUUCUGACUCACUUUUAAUUGUAUAAAACCAAUUGGGUGGUUGAACGUGGGUUUCAUAAUGGGUCAAGUCUACACAGAGUCAAAAUGAAAGGAGAAACAGUUGUGCUGGACUUUCUCUGUCAAACAAAUUCUCACUACUUUAUUUGGUACAAAAUGAAUAGCUAUCAUUUUGGAUAUUAUGAGUUCAUCCCAGGUUUGUUUAAAUUAUGGAUCAUGCUUCUCAUUUCAAAAACUAUGUCGUUUAAAACAACACUGGAAAUUCUGUAUUAUAUAAAAGUGUAAUACAUGCGUACCAAUAGAAAAAAAUAAAUGGAAUUUCAAAUAUAUGAACUAGAAUAUUCCCAGUAGAUUAAUGUUGUGACUAUUCAGAAAAAAUAAAUAAAUAAAAUUGGAAUAUACAAUGGACUCACUUUCACAAGUACAAUUUGACAAAUCUGGUUUCUUGUAUCCUAUUUUUU